UUUUAUUUACUUUAUCUUGUGAUAUAGUGCAUUGCAUUUGUUUGGUUGAAAAUAAGCUAAAAUUUGUAGAAUAAUGUGAAAAUAUUUAAACAAAGUUUUUCUAAAUUAUUUUAAAAUAAGUAAUUAUAAAAAAGUGAAACUUCAAUGUCUACUUAAUACUGUGAAAACGUCCAUACCACUGUCAUGCCUUGUGCAUUGUCUGCACCCGCCACUAGGAGCUCAUUUCGACUACGCUAUACGACAAAUCCAAAAAAGUGUACAACCGCGCGUCAACGUGUUCACCGGUUUCUGUAAACACAACACAUACUUCCACUUCAUAAACAAGCGCAUACAUAGUGCCCAAAAUGACUGACAAUAUAGCCUUUCGUUGGUUGCGCCGCUAUAAACUAUUCUUUUGCCUGGGUCUCAUAAUACUAGGUGUACAAAUUUUUCUCGCCUACAAAUCGCUAAAUAUAACUGGUACCAAUGUCAUUGCUGCAAACACAAAUUUAUUUUCGGAUAGCACUGCUGCUGCUACGGAAUAUAUAAGUUACCAAAGUAAAAAACGUUCGCUGAAACAAGGUGCUGCUAGUCAGCAUUCAGCCAGUAGUAUAGGCGAAUCGAAAAUCAUAAAAACUGAACGAAAUCUACGUUUGCCACAAACUGAACGUUUUGGCAUACAGCCCGUAUGUAAUAUUACAUCCAAGGAAGCCAUCUCAGCAUUGCAGCGUGCCAAAACUAAAGACUGUCGCAAACAGAUUGCUCACAUCGCAUGUGCCAUUCAAGAGGGUAAUUUCUAUGCUCAACACUUGCCCAGCUACUGUCCAGCUGGCAAUCACACAGCGCAACACCUGCUUGGCUGCUAUCAGGAUGAAAAAGAGUAUCGUCUACUAUCAGGCUAUUUUACUAAUUUCAAAACAGCAAACUCGCCGCAAAAAUGUAUACGCUUGUGCCUGCAAUCGGGGUUUCCUUAUGCUGGUGUACAAUAUGCUACCGAAUGUUUUUGUGGCGCUGAUGCACCGCCUUCAACAGCAAAAUUGCCUGACUCCAGUUGUAAUAUGAAAUGUUCUGGAGACGCAAAAGCGAUUUGUGGUGGCUACUUCAGUAUGAAUGUUUACGAAACAGGAAUUGCAAAAUUCACCCCACAUACUGCUGACACGAAAAUUUCCAACCCAGAUACUGAGCGUGUACGUAUUGCAUUUCUGUUGACGCUUAACGGACGUGCUUUGCGACAAGUGCAUCGUUUAAUUAAAACGCUCUACUCUCCAGAACAUGUGUUCUACAUACAUGUGGAUGCGCGCCAAUCGUAUCUAUAUAGGAAGUUACUGGAGCUGGAAUCCAAAUUUCCAAAUAUACGUCUGGGCAGAAAACGUUUCUCCAGCAUUUGGGGUGGCGCAUCCUUGCUAACAAUGCUAAUGCAAUGCAUGGAGGAUCUUUUGUCUUCUGAUUUCAAAUGGGAUUUUGUCAUAAAUCUCAGUGAGAGUGAUUUUCCUGUGAAAACAGUCGACAAACUAGUGACUUUCCUCACCGCGAAUAAAGACUACAAUUUCGUGAAAAGUCACGGACGUGAAACUCAGCGUUUUGUGCAGAAACAAGGACUCGAUAAGACAUUCGUCGAAUGCGAUACACACAUGUGGCGUAUAGGCGAUCGUGAGUUGCCCAAUGGCAUACAAAUUGAUGGCGGCAGUGAUUGGGUGGCGUUAUCGCGCCCAUUUGUGCAAUAUGUUAUUGAAGAGUCCACAAAGGAUCCACUAUUGCAAGGCCUACUGACGAUUUUUCGACACACCCUACUGCCGGCCGAAUCAUUCUUCCACACGGUGUUGCGUAACACGCACUACUGCAACAGAUAUAUAGAUAAUAAUCUGCAUGUGACAAAUUGGAAGCGUAAACUCGGCUGUAAGUGUCAGUAUAAGCAUGUGGUCGAUUGGUGUGGCUGCAGUCCGAAUGACUUCAAACCGGAGGAUUGGACAAGACUGCAGAGCACCGAAAAUAAAAUGCUCUUUUUCGCGCGCAAAUUUGAGCCGAUAAUAAAUCAAGCAGUGCUAUUGCAGCUGGAAGAGUGGCUUUUCGGGGCGCACAGCAAAGAAGUUGUUAAUCUGCACAGCUAUUGGCAAUCACUCUAUGACGCAGUGGAUCCACCAACAGCGGGUGAUGAUUUGCUGCGCACCAUCGGUGAGAGUUUAGUGCGCUUAGCGGCACAGCAUACGCACACGAGAGCCGGGCGUCUACUAGAGUUAACACAUUAUUUGCACAAGGACGAAUACAAAGGUUUCCUAAUGCGUUACGAACUGACCGAGGCGCCACACAACCGCACACAAGUGUUUGAGACGCGAAUAAGACCUGCAGUGUAUGUGAAAUAUGCGAAAAAUUCAAAACUUGCUAAGCGUUUGCGUAAUUUCGAAGUUGCCUCCGAAUUCGAUCUGAAGGAACAAAUCUCACGUAAUUACGCUAAAAUGCUCGGUCCCUACACGGAUCUCGUGUUAAGCUUCACACUAAGCGGCGCUGGUGCGCAGGCGCAAAACGAUGCCGCACACUCGUACAACCUGACGCUCUUGUGGAUUGAUCCGCUCGGUCGUUUGCAAGACUACAACGAACUGCAUAUAGAGGACUCACAAACGGACGCCAUAAAUUACUCCAAAGCUGUGCUCAAUCAACCCAUAAUGCCCGGCAUUUGGACGGCCAAAUUGAUCGGGCGCAGCGCCAUAUAUGCGCAGACUAAAUUUCUCGUAGCGCCACUUACGUUCUCAGCGGGCCAACCACUCAAACCGGCGCGCGCAAAGGUGGUGAAUGGUGGUGGCGCAACCACACUCCCCGAUGCAUUUGAAAUGCCUGCCGAAUGGCGUCAGCAUUUGCCUGCGCCCAUGGAUGAGCAGCGGCGUCAAAAUGAGUUGGCCAAAGCGCUGCGUUAUGGCGCCGAGCUGCAGGCGUGGGUGGACGAUUUAGUGAGUAAAUUCUAUUUCAUGCGCGAAACGUGCGGCGUGAAUGAGCAAGCGUUGCAAAUGCAAUUUGCCACACAGCUGUCGCUGCACUUAUGCCACGAGACACCGUGGAGCUCGCUGGCGCACGAUCCGAAAAGUGAUGUUUACACUUUGCUCAAGAGUUGAUGAACGUAUGCGUUUAAGUCGUUUUACAUUGCUUAACACAUGCAUUUGCAUUUAACGAAACGGAAUUUAUAUUUCAUACAGACAUACGUGUUUAUUUAUUAUUGUUCGCCACAUUUAUGCCAUAUGCCAAAAAGCAUACUUUUUUUUUUGUUGUUCUACUGCAAACAAACCAAAGUUGACGUUACACAGCAACGCAAUCGUUUUGAAGACAUAAUUCAAAUGUCAAAUGUUGUUGCAUUUUUUUUUGCAAUUUUGCAAUUUAAAAUUGCUC